AAAGGAAAAUAAAUAACUUCACCCAUGGAGGGAAAGAGACAGCUUGAGAAAAGGGACUUUGGAAAACGGCUGUCUCUAGACAGCAGUCUCGUGGACUACAUGGACUCCAACAAAUACAUUGAGCACCUGUUAACUCAACUUCAGGAGCAACAUAGAAGUCUCUGUAGGGAGAAAUUGGCUGUGGCCCGUCUACAGCGAGAAAUUGCCCAAAGACGAACUGAGGGGGCCUUGCAUGAGAAGCUGAUACAUGAAUUGGAAGAAGAGAGACACUUACGUCUUCAGAGUGAGAAAAGAUUGCAGGAGGUGACACUGGAAUCUGAGCACAACAGAAUUCAGAUGCGUGGCCUGCAGCAGCAAUUUUCCAGGAUGGAAGAAACAGUAAAAAAUCUAUUGCAGAAUCGAGGACCUCCAGAACAGAAGAAAGAAGAAACUGUUAAUAUAGUGGUCUAUCAGGAAAAACUAUCACAGGAAGAGAGAAAACAUAAGGAAGCUUUGGAAGAGCUCCACAUGAUGGUAGAUGAGGAUUCAAGGAGCGAAAGCAGCAGUACAGAUGAGGGAAAAGAAAAGAACAAAUUGCUGUUAGAACGAUUGAAAGCUCUAGAGGCAGAGAAUUCAGCAUUGGCUUUGGAAAAUGAAAAUCAAAGGGAGCAGUAUGAGAGAUGUCUUGAUGAGGUAGCUAACCAAGUUGUUCAAGCUCUGCUCACUCAAAAGGAUCUAAGGGAAGAAUGUGUGAAGUUAAAAACAAGAGUGUUUGAUUUGGAACGACAGAAUCGAACGCUAAGCAUCCUAUUCCAACAGAGAGUCCAACCAACUUCUGAUCUGCUCCUCCAGAAACUUCACUCCCGCAUCUUAAAUCUUUCAUCCGGAGAUUUGCUUUCAGAGGUGGAAAGAAGUCAAAGUCUCAUGCAGCCACACACUGAUGUUGAGAUGCAUGAAUGCCAGCUGAAUGCCAAAUCAGGAGCCCCUGCUUUGAAAUGCCCUGGCUUGGGGGUUUUCAUUCCUGGUCAUCUCUAUCCUCGAAAUAGCUGCAGCAGCAGUGAACUGUCUCUUUCAAGCACCUGCAGCGAGUACUCCAGUGGCUCCUCGUACACGUGGCAUGAUGGGAAGAGCCUCAGGAAAAGGCCAUCAUCACAAAACUGGGAUAAAAGACUAAGUAUUGGCUCUUCACUCCCAAGUGGCUUUGCGAGUCCUACAGAUGAACUACCUCCAACUCGUGUCAAAGAAAGCCACAUUUUGGAAGGACUAAGAAAGCUACAAAAGCAAAAAGUGUUACUUGAAUCCCCAUCUGUAAUAACCAAAUGGGGUUAUAAAGAUUGCAUGAACUCAAAUGAAGGAAUAUAUUCACCAGGAAUUAAGAGUAGUAGCCUCAAGAAGUACCUUCCCUGCAAGCCGACUGAGAUGGAAAGCCCCUACACAGAGCCGCGCAAAGCAUUUGUUUAUGACACAGAUUCCCACGAUGAUGCUGAUGAAGACUCUUCCUCUUUAGCAUGGCUUCAAGCAGUAUCCAACCAGGGCUGCAGGCUGCAUGCUUGUAAAUUAACCCAUAGUGUUUCUGAUAGUCUUAUUGGCCUGGAGCUGAAUAGGAAACACUUUUUAGAAAGCACCUCCUCAAUUUAUCCCAGGGAAAGGGCUGAAAAGCUGACCCGUUGUGUCAGCAACUAUCCCUUGGACAGGAAAGUGUACCCAAAAGUGCAAGUUCCUCAGAUACAGAGAGAGGGGGACCUGCACAACCAGGGCUGCAUGGCCAUCAGUCUCCAGCUUUCAGAUACCGAUGACAAUGAAACCCUUGACGAGUUGCACAUAGAGAGCAGUGAUGGGAAAAGCCCUUCAGACUUGUCACUGACUGCUGACACUGACAAGUCCAUGGAGAACCUGGACAUCCUCAUGGAAUUUGGCAAAUCUCAACUUGGGUCUCCCCGUGAGGAGGAAAAACAAGUUUCCAUCCACUUCGAGACUAGGCCAAAGACAUCCGGUUUCAUUAAGCAGCAAAGGGUUGUGAAAAGAACUUCCUCAGAAGAAUGUAUUACUGUAGUGUUUGAUGCAGAAGAUGGUGAACCCAUUGAAUUCACUUCUCACCAGACUGGUCUUGUUACUCUUACCACAAAUGAAAUUUCCAUCAAGCAGCCCUGUCCUGGACCCAAAGCAGAACACACUGAACUUUUACCUCAGGGAAUUGCUCAUUUGCAGUCAGAAGCUACUGCAAGAGACUGUACUUUCUUAAAGAGAUCUGAAGAGGAAACUGAGAAAAACAUUCCAAAAGGUGAUUUAGAUAAUGUUGCUGAGGCACCCAUUGAAUCUUUCAACCCUAGAAAGGUUCAACCAUUGAACCUUUCAACAAUGGCACAAAAUACUCAGCGACAAAAGCUGACAAAGUCAACACACAAUUUGUCUUGUAAGAGUCAUGCUAGGACUUCAGGGCCCAUUGGUAGCUAUCAGAAGCAAAGUCUGACAAAAAUACCUGCCAGGGGCAAGUCUUCCCCCCAGAAAUCAAAAAUAAUGGAACCUGAAGCCACUAUGAGAAUUCUUUCAUGUGACCCAAUGACUCUUGAAAAAUCACCAGCCUUAGCUCCUGGAAAACUCUCACGGUUCAAGAAGACUGAAGGCUCAGCCUCACUCUUUGAUUUACAGCCAGAUACACACAUUCCAAAACACCUCACCCAGCUUCCUCCAGGCUCCAAAAUGUCCAGCAGAAGAGACUGGGUACAGUGCCCCAAGAGUCAGAUUCCAACAUCACAGCUGCUGUCAAGGUGCCUCACUGAGCCUAGUGAUGAUGGAGAAAUCUCCAGGGGUAAAUGUUCUGACUCUGGGCCAGAGGCUCGGGUGAAAUCACCCUCGCCUCCACCCCCUCCAGGAAGGUCAGUCUCCCUACACAUCAGGUCCAGUUAUGACUAUCUGUCACCACCUUCUUCUGCCAAACCCGAGGCCAGGGUCCCCAGUGAAACAGCAAGGACAGUAUUCAAAUCUUCCCCUCUCAAAGAAUCUUCUGCUCCUGUCAUUUCUUCUAAUCAGACUAUGACAGAAGUGCAAGGGAAGAAAACUUCUAUGGCCUUCAAAAAGUCUAUUUUCCCUCACUCUCUUCCCUCCACAGAAACAGUGAUUCAAACCAAAUGUUCUGCUCAUACCCCCUCUAGUUCAUUUGCUGUGGUGACCCCAGUGUACCCAAAGACCUCUCCAAAGAGAAGUGUCACCAAGACCCCAUCUCACCAAACACUUGGGACCACACAGACAGACACAGGGUUACGAACUCCCAAGAAUUAUCCUCAAACCCAUGAGCCACAGGAAAUAUCAUCCUCUAAAAGUGUACCUCCAGGAAGAAAAGGACAGUUGAGUGAUUGUGUCUCCACAUCACCCAAGUCUUCCUUCCAAAGGGUAAGUGAACCACCAUCAUCUCAGGUUAACAGCCCCUCCUCAUCACCAUCUCCCAGAAGCCAUAACACCCCACCUGGUUGUCAGAGUACUCAUGAGAAAGGACUGAAAACUCGCCUCCCAGUUGGACUCAAAGUUCUCAUGAAGUCUCCCCAAUUGCUCAGGAAAAGUUCCACGGUACCAGGGAAACAGGAAAAAGACAGCUUAAAUGAGGCCUCUAAAAGUUCUGUGGCUGCAGUCAAGUUCAAGGCGGGGGACUCUAGGAACCUAUCUAUCCUUGAGACCACAGGUGCUGAACAUAACAGUAUUCCACUGAGUUUACAAGCACGAGACGGUUUGGCUGAAGGGAUUCCCUUGGAAACAGUAAUGCCGGAGUUAUCAGAAAGUGGUACCCCUAGGGCUGAUGGAAAAGAUGGGGUAGAAAGCAAGUUUAUGAAAAAGUCCCUUUCCUCCAACAAGCCACACCUAAAGCCAGCUCUAGGCAUGAAUGGAGCCAAAGCCCGAAGCCAGAGCUUCAGUGCCCAUUCAGGAGAUAAGCCCUGCACAUCCACCAUAGAAGGGCCAGGCAAGGUCCGAACUCAAAUCAUUACCAACACUGCUGAGAGAGGCAAUUCCCUUACCCGGCAGAGCUCCUCCACAGAAGGCUCUCCCAACAAGACACCAUCUGCUCCCCUGCCUGACAGGCUCCCCAGUGCUGGCAGGUCCCUGGGGCAUCCCUCUUCCAGGCAAGGCUCCCUGGGGAGUACAGGCAGUUCUGGCAGCCAACAUGGAAGCCCAAGAAAGCUGCCUUUAAGGAUUCCUCCAAAAUCUGAAGGGCUCGUCACUCCCCCUGGAACAGAAGAACACCAGGCCAUCACCCAAGGUAGCUGCCCCAAUAUGGCUGUCCCUGAGGAACCAGGCAGUGACCACUGUAGAUGCCCAACAGACUGCCCACGAGCCCUGCAUAUCCCAGGGAGGACACAGUGUCCAAGCAAUUUUGAAACAAGCAGGACCUCCAAGGCAGAAACUUCUGGAAGAUGUACAGAAGUUUAUACAACUAGGGCUAGUGCUGUGAACCCAGAAGCCUCCCUAUCACCCACAAUUGAAGAAAAGGUCAUGUUGUGUAUUCAGGAAAAUGUGGAGAAGGGCCAAGUGCAAACAAAGUCCAGCUCUGUGGAAGCAAAGCCGAAGCCAGGGCCUUCGUUUGCCAGCUGGUUUGGUUUUCGAAGGAGUAGACUACCAGCUCUCAGUAGCAGGAAAAUGGAUGUCUCCAAAACCAAAGUGGACAAAAAAGAUACAAAAGGGUUGGGGUUUGGAAACAAACAGCCAAAAUCAGAGAGGAAAAAAGAGAAAAAGAAGCCUGAGCUUUUGUGUGAGGCGGACAGCGAGCUUCACAGGGACAUGGAGCUGACAGAUAGUCCAAACAGUAGCUUACAAAGCAGAAGUGACCUGAGAGCACCACAAAACAUUUACAACGAGAUGAAAUUUGAACCAAGUAAUAGACUCAGUCCUGUUACACAUUCAACAAAAGAUACCUUUAUGACCGAACUUUUGAACAGAGUUGAUAAGAAAGCAGUUCAACAGACAGAAAGUGGAUCAAAUAAUGUUUCCUGCAGGAGCAUGUUAAAGGGCAGCUUCCAGGGCUCCUGUCUCACCAGCAGCUCUAUCAGCACUCAAGGAAACCACAAGAAAAGCAUCAAAACCAAAGUUGAUAUGGAAAUCCCGAAAACCUCCCUGAUAAAAGAGACACAUGAAAACCUGCAAGAGGAUGAAGACACAAUUGCAGAUUCCUCAUUUCAAAGCCACAUGAUAGAAUCAAACUGUCAGAUGCGUACACUGGACAGUGGGAUCGGAACCUUCCCACUCCCAGACUCUGGAAACCGCUCAGCAGGACGAUACCUGUGCCAGCCAGACUCCCCGGAGGACCCUGAACCUAUCUUAUCUCUACAGCCAGCCCUUUGUACAGCUUCCUCCACCGGAGCAGUGACCCUUCAACGAGAAGUGCCUUCCUCUGCAGAUAGCCCAGGCUCUGCAGAUAACACCAUUGUUUAUUCCACAUCUGACCCAAUCAUGAUGACUCAUGGGAUGCGGCCUCUUCAAAGUCAUCUUCCCAAACCAGCCUCCUCAGGAAAAAUCACUUCCCCAAAGCAGAAUGGAGCAGAACCAAGGCCUCAGACCUGCUCACCAUUUCAAUAUGCUGAUGACACAAUGGCCAGUCAGCCCCUUCCAGGCUGGGAGGAUGAAGACACCACUGCUGAGACGCAGGACAAGGUACCUAGAAUGUGUGCAUUCUCUGCCAACGGUGGCAGUGAUAGUGACAGUGACCUGGCCUAUGGAAAUAAUGGUUUUGGAGCUGGAAGGGGCAAAUUAGUGAAAGCAAUGAAGAGCACCACCCAAGGUAAAGCUGGGAGCACCUUGGGCAUUCAAGGCUCCCCUCUCUGGGAGCCGCUGAUUAUGCCUUUUAUUGUGCUCUGUCUCCAUCCCCCUUAA